AAAAAACUGGUAAUACUUACCGGAAAAUAAAAAAUUUAUUAAAAUACUACAGAUUUUAUCCUACAAGAUGAUAUAAGUCUCAUAUUUUGGUGAAUAUGCGACGAAAUAAACUUUACUGGUUCUACGCUGUGAACUGCGAUUCCCGAUUACUCUUGAGGGUUUUGUUUUUGAAAUGUCCGAACGAAAAAUUCCAGCCAAGGACUUCUUGCAUUUGAUUCAGUGCAAGCUUUGCAACGGAGUUCUGGUCAAUUCCACAACCAUAAUUGAGUGUCUCCAUACGUUUUGCAAAUCUUGCUUGGUUAAACAUCUGCAGAAGGCCGACAGUUGUCCGAUGUGUGGAAAUGUUGUGCACCAAAGCGAAGCCCUUCGCUAUCAGUAUAUAAGUCAUGAUCGGACUUUUCAAGAUGUAGUGGAUGCUCUUCUUCCGGAAAUCAAAAAGAAUGAACUGGAACGCGAGCGUCAGUUUUAUCUUGAGCAUCCUGAGCUUCCCAAUCCUCGCAUGGGUGAGAACGGCGCUGCUUUUUUCCCCGCCGUUUCCGGAUCCCAACCAGCUGUGCUGCCUGUGCGCAAAAUAACCGCGUCUGAUUGCCACCGGAACGACGUACAAAUCAGUGUACAGCUGGAGUGCAAGAGCAGCGCUUUGAAACCGUUGAAAAGACGUUAUCUACUGUGUUCGAUAUUCACGGAAAUCCAUCACUUGAAAAAGUUCCUUGCGGCACAGCUGUUUAACAAUACCUCCCGAUGGCAGGAGCUGGAUAUUAUGUGCAAUGAUGUUUCUAUGCUUGGACGGAAUCACACCCUUCAGUAUAUCAAACUGGUAUUUUGGAAUUUCAGGGAAUUGCCCCUAGUUCUUACGUAUCGGAGGCGAUCGGAAGCGGUGUAGCCUGAGUUCUGCGGUCGCCGGAACGGUGCUCGAUCUGAUUUCGCAUACAAGUAACAGACAGUAAAUAUUAUGGGUAUCGUACUUGACCUCAGUAAAUUUUUUUAUUACACAUGCCAAAACUGUUCUCAGGUAUUUAUUGUUACGGUGGAUUCUGCGCCGGUCCACUAUUCAUCCUUAUUUCUGUGUGUGUUUUCUUAUCGUCUCUGUAAUGUCUUUCAAAUCGAUGUUCUCAUUUGCAUUUUUAUUGUGUCUCUGGAAUUUGCACUUAGAAUAAGUUAUGUGAAUUAUUAACUGCCAUACAAGUACUACCCAGUAGUACAUAAAUAAACUACUGAU